UGCUGACAGAGACUCAAGACUGACUUGUUUGGAUUCUCUCUAACUAUAAUAAAGAGACAAAACUAGGAGUAGAAGAGAAGCUGUAAUCCAAUUCCACCAUCUCUCUCCGGUAAAACCCCUAAAUUUCCUUAGGAUUAGCUUUCAGGUUGGUUGUCCAAAAAAAAGAAAAAAAAGCUUUCAGUUUUGGUUGUGUCUGACGCAUGGCUUCGGCUUCGAAGCGGAUUUUGAAGGAGCUCAAAGAUCUGCACAAGGAUCCUCCUUCACAUUGCAGCGCAGGUCCAGUGGCUGAGGACAUGUUUCAUUGGCAAGCAACUAUCAUGGGAUCCCCUGAAACCCCUUAUGCCGGAGGAGUAUUUUUUGUUUCCAUUCAUUUUCCUCGUAAUUAUCCUUACGACCCACCAAAGGUGUUUUUUAAGACUAUGGUGUAUCACCCAAACAUCGAUAGGAAUGGAAGCAUAUGCGUUGAUAACCUGAAAGAGCAAUGGACUCCCGCUAUUACCAUAUCCAAGGUUUUGUUGUAUUUUUGCUCGCUGCUGACUGACCCAAACCCUGAUGAUUCUCUUGUGCCGGAGAUUGCUAAUGUAUACAAGACAGAUAGAUCCAAGUAUGAGUCGACUGCGAGAAGCUGGACACAAAAGUACGCAAUGGGUUGAUCAGUUAAAUGUGGUCUGGUCUCGAUCGAGACAAGCAAUGGAACUCUGUUAUUGCGCAUGGAAAUAUAUAUAAAACUUAUUAACAAAGACACUGCAAACGGUAUCAUGUGAUUGUAAUCGUAAAACUUAGCUGUAACCUACUCUUCUUCUGUUCUGAUCACUAUUAGCUAUUAUUUAUUUC